ACAACGACCUUCACCACCGCCGUCUAUUUUUGGCCUUGGGUUCCGUUCAAAUUUCCACCCACAAAAACCUCAUAGAUCAUCAAUACACCUUCUAUCACCACAGCGCAACAUUACCACCAUGAAGGGAGUUCGGGCUUUGACGGUGCUGUCGCUGGCAGCUUUCGCCAGCGCCCAGACUCUCGAGGGCCUCGGUGCCUGUGAACAACAAUGUUACACCCAAGCGUUGAACAAGGCGGGCUCAUUCGCCUGUGCGGCGAUGGACUUUAACUGCCUGUGCCGCGUUGAGAACUGGGGCUUUGAUAUGCGUGACUGCGCGGUGGCCAAUUGCCCCCCGGGGUCCGAUGCGCUUGUCACGAACGCAGCCUCUGCGAUGUGUGCGACGGCCACACUUCCCCCUGGCGCCCCAGCCCCGACUUCGGAGACGACCACCACUGAGCCAGCUCCGUCGACAACCGAGGCACCCACCGAGGCGCCCGCGGAAUCAACAACUUCGACUCCCGAGACUUCGACGACAUCCGAGGGCCCAGAAUCUUCGUCAACAUCAACAGAAUCCACGGAAUCUUCAGCGUCGACGGCUCCCACGGCUGUUCCGACCAAGGUUGUUACGAGUUCAACAUCUUCCUCAAGUGCCGGCGCGGCAGAAACCUCGGCUAGUUCUGAAGACUCGAGCCCGGCCGGAAUCACCGAGGCUGCCAAGAUCGGCAUUGGCAUUGGUGUUACCGCUGGUGUGCUCGCUCUCCUCGCCGUGGCCGCCUGCAUCUUCCUACGCAAGCGGCGGGCCAGACAGGCCCCCACACAAAUGGACCGGUUCCAGAUCUCGCAACCAAUGCCCAGCGAUGAGCACGCCUAUACGCAUAACAACAACUCGGACUACGACAUUGGAUCGGGCGACCUGGAGAUGAAGAGCCGGCGGUACGAGGACAUGCUCCCGCGAGAGGAACCACGGCAGAUGGUCUAGUUAGGCACUGCUCGGGGUUCUGGAAUGGCAGGGUCCUCUGGUGCAGGCCGGAGAGGUGUUUCGAUUUAGGAAAGAGGAAAUGGCGCAACCGAUGGACCGCCAUCUGUGGGAAAAUGAAACAGAAGGAAACUAGAGCUGGGUUGGAAUGUCGAAUAGGGGGUCGAACUACAGGCGAAAUACUUGGGCCAGGAGCA